UAUAUUUAUUUUAUUAUUUAGUAAUAAUUUUUAGAAAUGUAAUUUUUUAUUUCUGAUAUAUCAUAAUUUGUUCAAGAUGACAUUGAAAUUUAUAAUUAUUGUGAAUCACUAAGGGGACUGCCAAUCCAUACUCUAUAAAGAUCCAUAACGUAGUAAAAAGAGAAGAACAUAACAUAACCUUUGAAAUAAAUGAAAUUUAAAAACAGAAUGUGUAUAUAAUUUUUGAACAGAAUUUUCAAGCUUACGCACAUUACUGUUAUACUUUUUAUUAUCUUAUUCGAAUAUUUAUUAUAAAAAAGUAACAAUUUAUAAUGGAUGAUUCUCUACAAGACGUAGCAGCUGAAUUCGAAACAGAUUUUUUUGUUAAUGAAACCGAGCAAACUGCUAGUACAUCUAAGGAAGUUAAUGUAAAUAUCAAGAUACCUAGUAGCAAAACUCAUUGUAUAUUGGUGAAUCCAAAACAACGUGGAAACCCUCUACUGAAAUCAAUACACAACGUUCCUUGGGAGUAUGAAGAUAUAAUACCAGAUUAUCAAAUGGGAUUAACAACUUGUGCUUUAUUUCUUUCUAUUAGAUACCAUAAUUUAAAUCCUGAUUACAUUCAUGAAAGAUUAAAAAAGUUGGGGCAAAUGUACCAGCUAAGAGUUCUUUUAGUUCAGAUUGAUAUUAAAGAUCCACAUCACGUUUUAAAAAAUUUAACAAGAAUAUGUAUUUUGGCAGACUUGACAUUAAUACUGGCAUGGAGUCCUGAAGAAGCAGGAAAAAUAAUAGAAACUUAUAAAAUUUACGAAAAUAAACCAGCAGAAAGUAUUAAAGAAAAAGGGGAAGCUUCACCAUAUUUAAGGUUGAUACAAGUUUUAACAUCUGUGAGAUCAAUAAAUAAGUCUGACGCAAUGGCGUUAAUCGACAAAUUCAAAACUUUGAAUGGCAUUAUACAGGCAUCAGAACUACAGUUGGCAGAAAUUCCCGGUUUCGGUUUGAGGAAGGCUAAUAAAUUGUAUACAUGUUUACAUGAAAGAUUUUGUAGGUGACACAAUAAUUAAGAAACUAUUUAAAUUUGUACUAAAUAUAUUUGAAUAUUUCAUUUUUUGUUAAAAUUAAAUUUUAUUUUUACAAGUGAAAACAGGCGCAAUGGAAAAACGCAAAGUUUUAAGUAAUUUUUAUACUUGGAUUAUUGUUUUGUUGGUUAAGUCCAUUCUGAACACACUAUUAAUUCCAACGGGAAAAUUUCCUUGGCGGAAAUCUUCACAUUUAUUCCUUAACUACUAAACUAUAGGGUGGACUGUAAGCAAUUGGCCCUUUGUCCUUAUUUAUGCUACUCUCACAUUUAGGAUACAAGCUGUUUAUUCUGUCAUAUCAUUUUCUGAGACUGAAGGUGAAAUAAAACUUAUUAACUUAACUUACCUGUUUUAUACUAAAUUUUCCCACCAAUAAACUUUCUCCCACGAAAAUAAUCCCAGGGGGAAAAUCCUCUUGGCGGGAAUUGUCAUUUAUUCCUUAACUACUAAAUUAUAGAGUGGGCUCUAAGGAAUUGGUCCUUUGUCCCUAUUAAUGCUACUCUUACAUUUAGGAUACAAGCUGUUUAUCCUGUCAAUUCCUAAAUAGUUGAAUAUUUAUCUUUUCCGAUGUUAUUUCAAUUGUUACUGUUUUCGUCAAGUCUUUCUCAUUCCCUUGGUUGUAGUAAAGUUACUUCUGUUACUUCUUCUUAACCAAGUUGAGUCUAUGUAUCAUAUUAUUACUUAUCCCAUUUCUUUGGUGUCUUUUCUAUUUUUACUCUCAUUUUUAAUCCAAAUAUUCUUAUUAGUUUUCUCUCAGUUAGUUAAGACAUUACUCUUCCUGUUUGUUUAUUAUUGUUUUACACGAUUUCAUCCAUGUAAAGAUAUGACAUUUGUUUUUAUUUCCGAAAGCUUGUUAUCCUAUUAAACUCAUUUUCUUUGACUGUUUAUCCUGUCAAUUCUUCCUCUUCCUUUUUUAUUGUCAACAAUAUCAUACAUUGUUUCAUCCAUGUCUUUAAUACAUUUACCAUGAUUUUAUACAUUAAUUCAUCUGGCUGCUUUUAUUAUUUUUAUCAAUUUCAUUACUUCCUUAUCUUCCUUUACACGUUUCUCCAGGUUCUUCUUUACUUUUGUUACUAUUUAUGUUGAUGCUAUUAUGCGUCUUUUCAAGUUUUGUUAUUCAUAUAGCUCAGUUCUUCUUCUUCUUCUCUUUUGUUUAUUAUUAUGGUUCUCAUUCCAUAUUCGAACAAUGAUUCAAUAAAAAUAUUACAUUAAUCCUUUCCUUUCAGUUUUUAUCAUGAACCAUAACUCUUCUACUUUCUUUUGGUCAUCUUGGUUGCUUUUAUUAUAUUUGUCAAUUUUAUUACUUCCAUAUUUCGUUUCUCCAGGUACUUUUCUGAUUGUUUCUGUUGAUCUUAUUAUGUGUCUAGCCCAAUUGUGUUUUUAUGUAACUCAUGUUUUCUUUCCAGUUUCUCUUCUUCCUCUUUCCUUUUAUUGAUAUCCUUUUAUACUCAUUUUCUAUGACUGAUUAUCUUGUCUAUUCUCAAAUCUUUGAAUAUUUAUACUUUUUCAAUGUUAUGUUACUGUUAUCAAGUUUUCCUUGCAAAGUUCAUUAUUUCUUGAUAUGUUUUGCCACAUUUUUAUUAUAGCCCACAAUAAUUGAGUAAAAAUAUAAUAGAGAAACUUAAACUCUGUAACAAAAA